AUGACGUCCAGGCCCCCCGACUGCCUGCUGAGGCUGCUCCGGGGUGGCCCGAGGCAGCGGGUCUGCACCCUGUUCAUCAUCGGCUUCAAGUUCACGUUUCUGGUCUCCGUCAUGGUCUACUGGCACAUUGUGGGAGAGCCCGGGGGCCAAGGGCAGUUCUCUAACCUGCCUGCUGACAUACCCUGCCCGCACUUGGUCCCCCACACACCGUCCUCCGGCACCCCACCUCCCGGUAACAUCUUCUUCCUGGAGACUUCUGACCGGACGGACCCCAACUUCCUGUUCAUGUGCUCAGUGGAGUCAGCAGCCAGGGCCCAGCCUGAGUCCCGGGUGGUGGUCCUGACGAAGGGGCUGCCGGGCGGGAACGCCUCCCUGCCCCGGCAACUGGGCCUCUCGCUUCUGGGCUGCUUCCCCAAUGUCCAGAUGCUCCCGCUGGACCUGCAGGAGCUGUUUCGGGACACAGCCCUGGCAGGCUGGUACGCGGCCCUGCAGUGGCGGUGGGAGCCCUACGUGCUGCCCGUGCUCUCCGAUGCCUCCAGGACUGCGCUCAUGUGGAAGUUCGGAGGCAUCUACCUGGACACGGACUUCAUCGUCCUCAAGAGCCUGGGGAACCUGACCAACGCGCUGGGCACCCAGUCCCGCUAUGUCCCCAACGGCGCCUUCCUGGCCUUCAAGCGCCACCACGAGUUCGUGGCGCUGUGCAUGCGUGACUUCGUGGCCCACUACAACAGCUGGAUCUGGGGCCACCAGGGCCCGCAGCUGCUCACGCGGGUCUUCAAGAAGUGGUGCUCCAUCCGCAGCCUGGGCGAGAGCCGCGCCUGCCGCGGCGUCACCACCCUGCCCUACGAGGCGUUCUACCCCAUCCCCUGGCAGAACUGGAAGAAGUACUUCGAAGACGUCAGCCCCGAGGAGCUGUCCCGGCUGCUCAACGCCACCUAUGCUGUCCACGUGUGGAACAAGAAGAGCCAGGGCACGCGCUUCAAGGCCACGUCCAGGGCACUGCUGGCCCAGCUCCACGCCCGCUACUGCCCCACGACGCACAAGGCCAUGAAGCUUUACUUGUGA